CCAAUUUCAAAAGAUGAAAGUCCGGAGAUAGAAGAACGACGACAAGCGAGCCACCGCAGGAGCAUGGAUUCUUAAAAACUCAGUCCUGAAACUGAAACUACAUCUCCCAAAUCUAAUAUAAAGAGGGAAAAUAACAGAAGAUUCCGAAGUUGAGUUCAAGUCUUCCAAGCAUGGCAUCCGGUGAAACAGUGAAGUAUGGAAUCAUUGGAGUAGGGAUGAUGGGAAGAGAACAUCUCAUUAAUCUUCACCAUCUUAGAAGCCAAGGAGUGGUCGUUGUUUGCAUAGCUGAUCCUCACAUCCCCUCUCAACAACUCGCCUUGGAACUGGCUCAAUCCUUUGAUUGGCCACUUAAGGUUUUCUCGGGGCAUCAGGAGCUACUGAACAGUGGGAUGUGUGAUGUGGCGGUCGUAUCGAGCCCUAAUAUGACUCAUUAUCAGAUUCUGAUGGAUAUUUUGACCCAUCCUAAACCCCAUCAUGUGCUAGUUGAGAAACCAUUGUGUACUACUGUCGCUGACUGCAGUAAGGUUGUAAAUGCUGCUAGAAAGAGGCCUGAUAUGCUGGUACAAGUUGGAUUGGAAUAUAGAUAUAUGCCACCAGUUGCUAAAUUGAUUGAGAUAGUGAAGAGUGGAACUCUUGGACAGGUCAAGAUGGUUGCUAUUCGGGAACAUCGAUUCCCUUUUCUGGUUAAGGUUAACAACUGGAAUCGGUUCAACGCUAACACGGGAGGCACCCUGGUAGAGAAGUGCUGUCACUUCUUCGAUUUGAUGAGGCUCUUUGCAGGCGCGAAACCGGUUCGUGUGAUGGCUUCUGGUGCCAUGGAUGUUAAUCACAAAGAUGAAAUAUAUGAUGGAAAGGUACCGGACAUUAUCGACAAUGCAUAUGUUAUUAUUGAAUUUGACAACGGUUCUCGAGGGAUGCUCGACCUCUGCAUGUUUGCUGAAGGGAGUAAAAAUGAGCAAGAAAUAUCUGUUGUUGGUCACACCGGCAAGGGUGAAGCCUUCAUUCCCGAAAGUACUGUUCGUGUCGGCUCUAGAACCGACGGUAGAGACGGGGUCCAUACACUAAAAGCCGAGGAUGAACGAAUAAAGUAUGAAGGAUUGCAUCACGGUUCUAGCUAUUUGGAGCACCUUAACUUCUUGUCUGCAAUUAGAGAAAAAGGUGCAAAGGCUCCGGCUGUGGAUUUGAAUGAUGGGUUGAUCUCGGUUGCCAUGGGAGUUGCAGCACAGCGUUCCAUCGAGAAGGGCCAGUUUGUUAGCAUCGAGGAAGUCUUGGAUGAACAUAAUUGUUAAGCCAAAUUCACCAUAAUUAUUGUUAUUCACUUUCUACUUUGUUGUAUACUUGCAAAUGAUUAAAUAACCCACAUAAUAGUUUGCAAAAUUAAAUAAUAUCCUUUUUUUUU